AGAUGGAUCACCGGAGGGAGGAGCAGAUCUGUGGAGCAAACAUUUGCUAAUGGAGGAUAAAGAUGUUUUUAUUGUCUGUGAUUCUCCUACAAGUUUUUCAUGCCUUAGGUGUCAAGGUAACUGAGGGCGUGGAGUGGGUCCAGCUGCCCUGUCAGGUCCUGGUCUCUGUUUCCAAUCAGUCCACCGUGGUCUGGAGCCGUGAGGACCUGAAGUUUUCAACCAUCCACAUCCGACAGCAGAGUGGGGAYGACCUCGGAGAGCAAAACCAACGUUUCAACAAUCGAACGUGGAUGAAGGAGGAUGCUCUGAGGACCGGAGACCUCAGCCUGACUCUGAGGACCCCCACAGUCUCUGACAGUGAGACCUACACCUGUACGGUCCGCAGGUUUGGWCAAGAACUGAGCCGAAUCAACGUUCCACUGAAAGUGACAGAACCACCUCCGCUCUGGCCCAAAGUUGUGUCUCCUGUCCUGGUUCUGCUGUUUGUCCUGGCUGCUGUCUUUGGUUUGAUCUUCUACUGUAGAUAUUUAAAGAAUAAGGUCAAUCCAGCCUACAAGCUGCAGUUGGUGAGGGCUGUAGAGGGUCAAGUGUCUGUCCUGCUGCCCUGUAGAACCAGAACUCGUCUUCCUCCAAACGCCUCAGUGGAGUGGAGACGCAUUGAUCCAGAGACGGUGGUCCACGUGUAUCCAGUGAACCAAUGUACAACCACUUAUAAUCAGGAUGAAAACGACCAAAACCGCACCAAGAUGAGGUGGAAUCCACUAAAAACUAGAGACCUGAGUCUGACUCUUUACAAUCCCAGCCAAGAUGACAGCGGCCUCUAUAUCUGCACUGUGCAGAAAGAUGGAUGCGUCCUGAAACAGAGAGUGGUGUCUCUCUGUGUCAAAGGUUGCUCUGUUCAAGAUACAGAUCCAGUUUCAGAUGUGAAUUCACUUCAGGAUAUCUGGAGAUGGAUCCUCUCUGGGAACAUCGAUCCACAAUACACUUUGAGGCAGAGCCUGAGGAGCAGCGCUGGACCGUCACUGAAUCAUCUAUCUCAUCUGUCCUCCUACGCCAAUGGCUCGGACAGUGAGGACGAAAGAUUAUGAAGGUAGAUAUGUUGCAAAAAUCUACCUUCAUACUCAUCAGUUGGACAGAUGGGACAACAGAGGGACAACAGAGAGGACAAAGGAGGGACAACAGAGGGACAGUAAAGGAGAUGAGUGAGGAACAGUGAACACGUCCAAACCAGGUCAUUUAAAUCAACCUGGGAUUUAAAUCAGUUUGACGUUAAACAAAUAAAACAUAUUUUUCUUACUGGAUUGUA